GCAGUCUGGCUUUAAGACAUGUGAUACAGUCUUUACACUCAGCCAGGCUGUACGGGCACAUUUGUUUCUUAGUGCUCGCUGAGGGGGGACUCAGCGAGAGCUGCUGCUCAGAGGCUGCCUCUCACUGGAAGGAUGCAGACGGUGAAAGAAGAGAUUCCACUACAGUUAAUUAAGGAGCACUCCGCACGUGCCUAUAAAUGCGAAGGGACAAAUGAAUUCAGUGUCAGUGGGAGCAGCUCCUCAAGGGGAAGCAGUGAUAUUUCAAAGGUGGAAUUGAAAGAGCUGUAAAUCUAUUUCCUGACUCCGGCUUGACGGUCAUUUCUAAAUCACUGGACUGUUGCUAUCAAAGUGUGGAACAGGGAGGCAGAGUCAGUGGAGUUCCCUCCUCGAGCCAAAUUCAGAGUUAUUGGAUGGGAUCAACAUGAGCAGCAUUAUGGAUGGAUUUAUGUCAUUCUGUUGAGAUAUUUAUAUACUCUUUGUUGGGUUGCUCAGCAGAUGUGUCCUGUCAUGUCCUGGCUGCUCUGCCUGUGCCUUUGGGUCAGUGUGACUGCCAUUCAGCUGUGUCAGGCCACUUUCUAUGACACCAUCCAACAGCAUCAUGGGACGAGGCCUGGACGAACCACCAUCCACAUGAUCGAGGGGGGCACAUGUGAAGUAAUUGCUGCUCACAGAUGCUGUAAUAAGAAUCGUAUUGAGGAGCGGUCACAGACAGUCAAGUGUUCUUGUCUGCCGGGGAAGGUGGCUGGAACCACCAGAAACAGACCUUCAUGUGUCGACGCAUCCAUAGUAAUUGGGAAGUGGUGGUGUGAGAUGGAGCCUUGCCUGGAGGGGGAGGAAUGCAAGACACUCCCUGACAACUCAGGCUGGAUGUGCUACGCCGGCAACAAGAUCAAAACCACGAGGAACACUCAGCCAUACACAACAUCAACAUACUAACACUUUGUGGAAAGGAUGCGAGGAAACGCCUCUGGUGAAAAGGUUAAUCUGCAGCACUGUCACAGGACCAAUUAUCACAAAGACAAUGAACCUAUUGUUGCUUUAAGAAAUGUGAACACUUCUCAGAUUAAAGUGUAAAAAGAUGUAGAAUACAUAAAGCACAUCCUGCUCAAGGCUACUGAAAAUACUGACGCUCCAAGCUACCUGCGGGGAACUUCAUCAUAACCUUGUAAUGAAUAUAUUUUCAUCAUUUCUUUCCAACUUUGAGAUGGAAUGUGAAUGUCUAGACAUUUGCAUUAAUAUCUGGAGAGCAUCUGACGUCCCUCCUCAGACAUCAGUAAAAGAGAUGUUCACUACAAAGCACCAAACAGGACAGGAAUACAUCAAAAGACAUGGGAUGAGCAAGUACAGUAGUUGACAGCCCUCAGGUUUUUCUUUUUUUUUAAAUAUUGUAAGAGGAAAAUAUUGUACAUAAAUUGUUUGUCCUUUCUUGUGUACAUGAACUUUAUUUAUGGUGGUGGUGAAAAACAAUCAUUCGAAUCCCUGAAUGCAGUCUUAAUCUUCCCUCUUGUUGCCCACAAAGCCCAACACAGCCAAAGUUUGAUGAGUUCAAGGGUGUGACAUUAAGAUGAAAUAGAUGCAUUGUGAGAGAGAUGUUUUACAAACACAGCUUGUGUGUCUUGAUUAUGUAAAUUUUACCAUUUGUUUGUAUGGUACUUGUAUGCCUUUGAUCACCUCUUAAAUGGCUUUACCAGUUGAAUUUGGUAACGUGUCAGCUACCCUGAAACUGAUUGAUUCACCAAAAAUGUGAUACCAGUAUACUGAAAUGUUUCGAUACUUGAAAUGCCUUAUUUGUGUCAAAUCAUUCAAAUGAUGAUAUAGUACAUAUGAAGCCAUCUAUUGAAAUGUGCUGAAAUUUCAUUAAAGUCAUUGUUCCUGUACCUAAUGUGAGUGCAUCCUUGCUACUGCCCUCACAGAUGUCAGUUACCAAUGUUAAAUCAUAGUAAUCACAAAUCUGAAUACAAUUUGAUGCUAAAAUAGUUAAACCGCUGCUUUAAGAAAAGUGAUUGACAUUUUCAAUUCAAUUCAAUUUUAUUUAUAUAGCGCCAGUUCGUAACAGAAGUUAUCUCAUUGCACUUUUCCCAUAGAGCAGGUCUAGACUGUACUCUUUAUAAUAUUUUUGGGACAUGUGCUUGUUUGAUUUCUUGCUGAGAGCUACACGAGAAAAUUAAUACCACUGUCAUGUCUGUACGGUAAAUAUAAAGUGGGAGCCAGGCCACGGUUAGCUUAGCUUAGCAUAAAGACUGGAAACAAGGGGAAACAUUGUACAAGGUAAAAAAAAAUCCGCCUACCAGCACCUCUAAAGCUCACUAGUUAACAUGUUAUGUCUCAUUUGUUUAAUGCAACAAAAACCAAAGUGUGAAAAUGGCAAGUUGUGGUUUUACAGAAGGUAAUCAGUCGAAGUAUAGAGAGCCAAAGUGAAACCGGAACUUCAGGGUUCUUUUCAGAAGUAAGAAAACCUCAUUCAAAAUCAUACUGACAUGCAAAUAACUAAAAAUCUAACCUAAUCUAUGUGGUUAACUCCAUAUGCUUAGAUGAAGAUGGUAAUUACAAAAAAGAUCUAAUGUUGUUGUUUAUUCAACAUUUCUGUUUUUAGAGGCAUUUAAUGAAUAUGUUUCCCAGAAAACCACACCGGUAAAUUUUCACAGGAGCUGUGGUUUUUGUAUGUUCUCAAAGUAUUGUGGUUUAAGUUUAUUAAAAUUGCCAAGGUAGCUGUUUCUAAUAGGGUGCUGUAGUGGAUAAUAUGACACAGAAUAUGGAUAGUAAAACCCAAGAACAGGAAGUCCGAUGAAAGAAAUGCUGAAGGAGAGAUUAUGUUGAGUUACAGAAGCUAGUGGAAUGGAGGCUAGCCUGGACAUCACGUCACGAUUAUGGUUCUCUAUUUCUUGGCUUGGAGCAGUGACUUCCUGGAGUCUUGUCGUCAUUGUGAACUUGCCAGUACACUUUGGUUUUUGUACGGAUUGAACAAACGAGAUAUAACAAUGAUAAUAAUAAUGUUAAUUAGUGAGUUUUAGAGGUGUUGGUAAGUGGAUUUUCUUAUCUUUGGACAGAGCCAGGCGAGCUUCCCCGUUCCCAGUCUUUAUGCUAAGCUAAGCUAAUGGUCUCCUGGCUAUAGUUUCACAUUUAAUAGACAAAUAUGAGAGUAGUGUCAGUCUUCUCAUCUAACUCUCGGCAAAAAAGCGAAUAACUGUAUUUCCCAAAAUGUCAAACUAUUUCUUUAAUCCUAAUCAUCUCAACCGAAAACAUCUCAUUCACCCCCUUCAGACUUGUAUCUUUAAGCCUGACACCCAGGUUAUUACCUGGAGUUACUCUUGCUCUCUAUACACACAGGUAUAUAAAGCUAAGAACGAUUACACACACAGAUGACACUUUGAUGCAGUAUCACAGUGGGAGACUGGCUAUUGCUUUCACAGCCUCUGCCCCUAGGGAGUUAUUCCAGGAGGAACUCUGGGUGACUGUUAGUGCUGUGAGGGAUGUCAUCUAUCUUCUGGAAAAAUUAAAGUUUACUUAAUAUUCA